AUGGCAUAUCUCACCAAAAGCUUUGUAAAGCCAUUAAAGUCAGCACUAAAGUACACUGCCUCAGUAAUACCGAGCGGUGCACGACAAAACACCUUUUCCAAUAAGAGAAGCACGCCACGCCAAGCUUCUCAGUCUUAUUCAUAUUUCUCGACUUCAUAUCAAGAAUCUUCUUAUACUUCUUUGAUGUACGCAUCAGUUCCUCCUCCUUUACUAAGUCGAAAAUUUCUAAACUCUCAAACUCAUACUAUUAUUCGUCGUUCACUGCAUAAUUGUACUCCAGCGCAAUUUCAAGGGACUGAAAGAACAGCGAAACCUCAUUCUUCUAAACCUCAAAAGUUUCUAGAUACUUCCUGUUCGAUUAAGCCAAAUCCCACCACGUCUCACUCUAUAUUCGACCUUUUCGAUAAACCAUUCUCAACAACACGUAAAACCACGAUGUUUUCUCAUGGGGUUUCCGGAAUCCCUAAACAUCAGGAUAAACUGGUGUCAAAUUUAACUGACGGAAGUUAUUGCAGUGUUAAUUGUGGGGAAGAUAGUUUCUUCCGAAGACAUGACUCCCUGGGAGUUGCUGACGGUGUUGGAGGCUGGCGUCAUCCUCCUCAUUUGGAACAUGUUGUCAUCAACUCCGCUCUAUAUUCGCGGAAAUUAAUGCAUUACGCGUACAAAGAAUUGGAAAAAUACGAUAAUGUUGACAACGAAAAAUUUUAUCGAUACGCUGAUGUUAAUCCCAAACAAAUUCUCCAAAAAAGUUAUGAUGAAAGUCUCCGAGAUUGUGCAUUGGAGGGAAUUAUUGGAUCAUCUACAGCUUUAGUUGCAGUACUGCGAGGUGACGAACUUCGUAUUGCGAAUUUAGGAGAUUGUGGAAUAGCCGUCAUUAGACACAAUGAUAUUAUAUUUCGAAAUGAGGAGCAACAACAUUCAUUCAAUUAUCCAUAUCAGUUGGGCACUGGACUAUUUGAUUUGCCGACAGAUGCUCAAGCUAUCAAUGUAAAGGUUAAACGUGGUGAUAUCAUAGUUAUGGGCUCAGAUGGCUUAUUUGACAACUUAUUUGAUGAUGAUAUCUUGGAAGAGGUUAGACAACUCACACAUGCUACACGAAACGGAUUGCGCGCUGAACCGCAAACUAUUAGUGAUGCACUUGCAUGGCGAGCAAAAGGUGUUAGCGAGGAUUUGAACAAUAUCAAUGGAAGUCCUUUUCAAUGUCGUGCCUCUCAAGAAGGAAUAUAUCAUUUAGGAGGCAAAAUGGACGAUAUUACAGUUUUAGUAGCUAUUGUCACUGAAUCAUAUGAUACAUGA